GCCAGUUAUCCUCAAACCCCAUACGCUCUACCAGGAUUCCUAAAAACGCGACUCAAACCUUGUCCACCAUGUCUGCUGACGACGACUACGACAAGCUCACACCCGAAGAGCGCGAAGCACGCGAUAAGGCAGAUCGCGCGCGCGAAGCCGCCGAGCAAGCUGCGCUGCCCUACAAGUGGACGCAACAGCUAGGCGACGUCGAUAUCACCGUCCCAGUCCCCAAGGGCACGCGCGCGCGCGACCUCAACGUUGUAAUACAGAAGAAGAAGCUCAGCGUCGGCCUCAAGGGCAAGGAGCCCAUCCUGGCCGGAGACCUUUGCAAGGAGGUCAAGCUCGACGAUAGUACCUGGACGCUUGAGGAUCAGGAGACCGUACUCAUCCACCUGGAGAAGCUGAACCAGCAGCAAUGGUGGGAGAACGUACUCACGCAUCACCCCAAGCUUGAUACCACAAAGAUCCAGCCCGAGAACAGCAAGCUCAGUGACCUUGAUGGGGAGACCAGGGCUAUGGUGGAGAAGAUGAUGUUCGACAACCAGCAGAAGCAAAUGGGGAAGCCCACGUCGGACGAAAUCAAGAAGAUGGAGACGCUGAAGAAAUUCCAAGAGGCUCACCCGGAACUCGACUUCUCCAAAGCGAAGAUCUCAUAAUCAUAGGAAGAGAAAGCCAGCUGCCUAUCUGUUGCUCUGAAAUGUAUAAGUGUACAGUACCUUGCGUCGUUCCGUCCUGUCCCACAUCUAAGGACCAUUUUCACUCGUGCGAUCUAUC